AUGGGGAAACCAUCCCAGACAGACAGGAAGAACACCGUGCUGAGCCGUCGAUAUAUCGAGGGUUUGAUCGCAGACAACAAGCAUGUCUUAAUUUUCGAGGGCCGGGUCCUCAAGGUGGAUGCCUUCCUGAAGUUUCACCCUGGCGGUGAAAAGCCCAUCAAGCACAUGGUGGGCAGGGAUGCUACAGACGAAAUCAAUGCGCUGCACUCCAGAGAAGCCCGCGACCUUAUGCUGUCAUACCAGAUCGGACGAAUUGAAGGACUUUGGGUCAACUUUCUACCGCCAAUUCAAGGGGGCAAGUUCCGGCCGUACGUGGAGGACUCUUGUUCCAGCGAGGACGACCUGCCCAGCCAAGACAUUUCCAGCCAGGAAGGGUCCAUCCCACCCUCCCCCGUAUUCGAGCCAGCCGACAAGACCGUUCAGCGAAGGAAAGAUACCAAAAAACCUGUAAUUGCGGACUCACAGCCGAAGCCGGCCUUCCUCGAUGCUCGCACGCGGCAGGAGAUCAUUUUCGACAAGGAGAAAUACCCAUCGCUUGACCAGGCAAGCCAAGAGAGCAUCAAGCAGAAAUAUCGUGACCUGCACGACCGCCUCUAUGCCGAAGGGCUAUUUGAGUGUAACUACUUUGCCUACUUUGUCGAAUGCUGUCGCUACAGUCUCUUCGCCGGGCUUGCCUAUACUUUCCUGCGAUUGGAAUGGUGGGCAACAUCUGCAUUCUUUCUCGGUUGUCUCUGGCACCAGCUGGUGUUCACAGCACAUGAUUCCGGCCACAUGGGUAUCACGCAUAACUUUCAUGUUGAUACCGUGAUCGGAAUUCUCAUCGCCGAUUUCUGCGGAGGUUUGAGCCUGGGUUGGUGGAAGCGGAGCCACAAUGUGCACCAUAUCGUGACAAAUGAGCCUGAGCAUGACCCUGAUAUCGAGCACAUCCCGUUCUUUGCCAUCUCGCACCGCUUCUUUGAUAGUCUCCGGAGUACUUACUAUGAUCGCACUAUGGCCCUCGACGCCGUGGCGCGAGUCACGCUGAAGGUCCAGAACUGGACCUAUUACCCUAUCAUGGCCCUGGCCCGGUUCAACCUUUAUGCCCUGAGCUGGGAAUACCUGCUCAAGGGCCAGGCGCCAAAGAAAGGCCCUGCGUGGUGGCAUCGAUGGCUCGAAAUCGCAGGGCAGGUGUUCUUUUGGUACUGGUUUGUCUACGGUAUCCUGUACAAGACCCUGCCUGACUGGAAAACCCGAUUUAUCUACCUGAUGAUCUCGCACAUUGUCCCAUCACCUUUGCACGUGCAGAUCACUCUGUCCCACUUCGCCAUGUCCACCGCCGACUUGGGAGUCACCGAGUCCUUUCCCCAGAAGAUGCUGCGCACCACCAUGGACGUUGACUGCCCAACUUGGCUUGAUUUUUUCCACGGGGGCUUGCAAUUCCAGGCUAUCCACCACCUAUACCCGCGGAUGCCGCGCCACAACCUCCGCCGGGCUCAGAAGUAUGUAUUGGAGUUCUGCAAGGAGACUGGCAUCCCAUAUGCCAUCUUCACUUUCUACGACGGGAAUAAGCAGGUCAUCGGCAAGCUCGGUGAUGUGGCGAAGCAGCUGCGCCUGAUGGAAGAAUGCCGGAGGUCGAUUGCUCAAGAUGGUGUUUUCUCGCAUCAUUAG